AGGGUUUCACGUCUCGUUUAAAUUAGGGUUAAUUUUAGAUCUGCUUCGAGCGAUUUUGGCUGUGUUGGUUUGAUUCUCUCUCUGUCUCAAUUUAUCUGGAGGGAUUCAUAGAGUCUCCGCAGCACACACACUAUAACCCCCCCUCCUCCCUUGUCUUUGUGCAUGUUGGUCCACUUUCUAGGUUAAGCCAAAAUAUCGAUUCUCUCAUCUCAUUUCCUCUUCUGCUGCUGCUUUCCCUUCUCUCUUUUUCCCUCUGUUUGCUCAGUGUUCAAUCCGCAUCAUUUGAUUCGUUUUUCUUUAGGAAAUCCCUUCAAGUUGUGGUCUUUCCCUCUGAUUUCUCCUUUCCCAUUUCUGGGUUUUGUUUCUCUUGAUCUGUUGAUCUCUCAUCCCUCUUAUCCGAUCGAGUUUCUUCUCUGUUUCUGCUUUGAGUUCCUCUGUUUUUCUCAUAUAAGAAUCUGGGUGUUCGUAAAGUACCCUACUUUGAUCUUCUUAGCUGGGUUCCAUUUUGGUUUUUUUCGAAUUUGGUGGUAAAAAUGCUGGAUCCGAGUGAGAAAGGAUCAGAAUCAGAGGACCGGAACAAGAAAUCCCCAGAUGGGUUUUCUCCUAAAGAAACCCUAAACCAAGUGGGCGAGCCCAAGAAGACCUGCGCCGAUUGCGGUACCUCUAAAACCCCUCUCUGGCGAGGUGGUCCGGCUGGCCCUAAGUCAUUAUGUAAUGCAUGCGGGAUAAGAAGCAGGAAGAAAAGAAGGGCGAUCUUGGGGAUAAGCAAAGAAGAGAAGAAACCAAAGAAAGGAGGCAAUAGUUACAGUAGUUCUUCAACUAGUGGUGGGAAUAACGGUAAAAUAGGUGACAAUCUGAAGCAGAGGUUGUUGGCAUUAGGAAGAGAUGUUAUGAUGCAGAGAUCGACAGUAGAGAAGCAGAGGAGGAAGUGGGGAGAAGAAGAGCAAGCAGCUGUUUUGCUCAUGGCUUUGUCCAAUCGUUUUGUCAAGAGCAAUAAUACUAGAAUCCUCAAAAUCCCUAGCUAACCAUUUUCAAGUGUAAUCCCUGUGAUUUUUCCAUGUUCUUUUUACUAUUACUGAUGAUUUGUAGUAGUUUAGGAUUAUUAACUAAUUUUGGAGAUGAGAGUAGAAAGUCUAAGAAGUAGGGAUUUGAUUCUAUUUUCCCUAACAACUAAAGUAAUUUAUGUUGUUGAUGUCGCCCAUUUGAUCUUUUUCAUGUUGUCUUGGUGUGUAUGUAUCAGCUCUCAAGCAUAAAACUUCCCAAUUUUA